AUGUGUGCCGAUGAUCUGAAAGUUACGGAUCGAUAUAAGCCAGCAGAUCGUGAAAUCGUGCUCGAUCUCCUAAAGACCAACCAACAGGCCUUUGCCCAAUGGUGCUGCACAUGGUGCCUUUCUCUUUCUUGGCAUAAAUGCACAGUCAUGGUGGUUGGCGAAGACCACCAACCUCAACUAAGUAUUGAUGGUCACGACAUAAAUGUGCCUGGGGUUAGUAAUGUUCUGGAUGUAUCAUACUUCGAAAUUCUAAAUCUUUCGGAGCACUGGGUCCUGAUAGUCUCCAAAGCACGCAGAACGACCGGGUUUACCUCCGAAACUUUAGAACCAACGAUAUUAGAAUGCGCCUUUAUAACAUGUACGUCAGACCUGGCCUGGAAUACAGUUCGUCUUUAUUUGGCCUCAUGCAUGCAUCUGAGCGCAAGAAAAUAGAAUCUGUCCAGCAUUUUUUUACCAAGAGAGUUUUACCCCCGGAACACCGGCAUUUGUCGUACCAAGGACGUUGCCGGCUUGCGGACCUUGAUCCACUGUUAUUUCGUAGAUUAUAAAAGGGAUUAUUUUUACUAUUUAAGCUUUUGCAUAAUCACACCUUUAACCCGCCCACAAGUUUAAAACAUCCUAUCCACCCCCGAUGUAACAGUCACCGUGAGGUAUUUUUAUUUCUCCCUCUGGCACGUAUCGUUAAAUAUCAUCGGUUCUUUUCUGUGAAAAUAACUGAAAUUUGGAACAAAUUAUCCAGGAAUAAAAAAAUUCUGCCAAAUUACUCUUUGUUUAAGAUAACCACUACUCGUUUCUUGCAUUCAAAAAAACUCCCACAUAUUUUGGAUGCUGAUUUUAUUUACCGUAGUGAGGGAGUUCGUGGUACCUGAUUCCCCUGGCCGGCUUCGCCACGUGAGAAAUGUUGCUGACCCUACAACCCGCAGAACUUGGGGCAAUUUCUUCAGGCGACAGCGAGCAACAGUUCUUCAACGCUUCUGUUAGGCCAAGUCGCAAUUUCAUGAAAAGGAAUGGCGACUGAACAUAUCCGAAGCAUCGUUACUCACCGCUUUCUUGACUGCUGUCAUUUCACGGGCAGCAGUUUUUUUCCUCCUGAACCAUCAAAGCUAUGCAAAAACACCAUCCUCUGUAUUUAAUUCGCAGAAGUUUUUUUUCACUGUUAGCCCCAUCCGCGCUUUAUCUUUCCUUGACGAUGCUUAUAAACUGGCAUUAAAUGCACUUAUUAUUCUUAUAAGAGUCCUGUGAUAACGUCACAAGUGUAAUUUCGAUUGUCGUGGACGGUGGUGGCCAGCGUGUGCCCCGCAGAAGAGUGGGUGCGAGACGGUGAUUUACGCGUGUAUUAGUUUGUAAUGAUAGCAGACUAGCACAGCACCUGUCGAGCUGUCACCUCUCUCAAUCUCCUGUGCCUGGUUUCGAGACAGAGUCAGAAAGACUGGAGGCGAGAUCAGGCGCAGUCGCGGCAAAACUUUGUAAGCAGUCCGUCUACAAUGGACCAGGUCUUCACCGAAUCCCAAGAGCCGAUUGGAUACCAUCUACAUGGGAGCGCUAUAAAGGCCACAUCGAGAAGGUUUCAUGGCAGCCUGGCUCCCUUUCCUGAGUGUAGGACCAAGUUACCCCGUCAGUUGCCAGCCUUCUAUAGCCACGUCUUUUAGCACACUGCCAUAGUUUGAAAGUAUAUCAGGUUGUUUAAGGAUGAGGAGUAUGCGCGAAGACGGUCGACGUCACCCUUUUUCCCCACCCACGCACCAGUUCAGUGUCCGAGCCGAUCAGUCAUCUUUUGCGGGAAUUGGGACUGACAAUAUAGUAGACAGCCAGUCUGAGCAUCCCACAUGCACGGCCUGGUCUCCCCAUUACACAUCUGAUUUCCACACAUUACGGGCGGGCUGUUCAGAGCUCACGUGCUUAAUAAUAAAACAGAGGCCACAAAAAGGAGCCGAAGACUACGUUCAACAAUUACGUGAGAAGUGCCCAGCCUGUGCUUUUUAUGGGUAAUGUGGGACGGGUUCGUGUGUUUGUGGGGAAAUGCGCAGUGACUGGAUUUGGCCUGCGGUGGUUUGCCGCAGAUUAUGACGAAGAUGCAUGUAACUGCGUGGGCCCAUGUGGUGACGGAACGUCAUGGGACAUUGCCUGCAUGUAAUGCGCUUGGGCCGGGUGUAUGUGGGGGUUUCAGGCACAGGUUCGCCGAUCUCAUAAAGACGGAUUCGCAAGUGGUCAGUCAGGCCAAAGUGUGAUGUGAAAGUGCGAUCGGAAUGAGAACAUACUUGGGUAAAAUCCGCAUUACUGUUAGUGGAGGUGUGGGUGGCUGGAUAACGGGACACCGGUAUUUUUCUCACUAGUGGUGGGAAUGGGGGGGGGGUGGUAGUCAUCGUCGUCGUUAGGGACUUUAUGACAGUGAUGUUUGUGGUGUUGGUGGUGGUUGUGGUGGUGAAGGUGAGCAUUUUCCCCCCAAACGGGCCAUGCGAUAGAUGCGCUGGAUCAACACGAGGGCCAUAUCGGAUUCUGGCAGGCUUUCUAUGACAAUUACAAAUGGGACGUUGGUGAAUCAUUUUUGUAGCCAUAUAAUUAGCGUUGGCUAAGUGUUACUGAAGUUGGGUGGAAAUUUAAUGAAGAAGGGAUAUGAACUCUUCCUUAGCAUCUGUUCAGUACACUUAGAGAAGGUGAGGGGAAUAUUUAAAAUGCUUCUCCAUAAAUAUUCCAGGGAGAACGUUCCACAUUUCAGUCAGAUGUUCCCCUAAUAAUUCGGACCGGAAAGAUGGCUUAGACAUUUUUAUGGAGGUUGUGGCUGUUUUAUCUGCCGCCGGUGUACCAACGCAACUCGUUUCAUGUAGGCAAAAACUCCCAAUAACCUUAGUUCCUCUUUCCAAGGUCCACCUCUAGGCCCGCAAACUCUUCUGCAAAUCAACAAAACCCCCGAAACAAUAGUUUCAUUCAUGCUACAGUGAAAAAGGUUUAUUAUAGGACCUCUUGAGCGCUGUUGGGUCCCUUAGAUCAUUUAGUUGUUCGCCCCUUUUGCUGUCGCCCGCGUUCUCUUUACCGUCCUGACUAACCUCGCGACCGAUUGACAUAGACGUUCUUGUCCGGUUAUUGUAUUAUUUGACUCCCACGCAUUAUUUCAUUUUUGAUUAUACUAUUGCACUUUUCGAAAGUGUUAUUGUUCCAUGACGUGAUGUUUGAUGCAUGUGGUGAACCUUGUGACGCUUACUUGUUCCAAUCCCUGUUGGUCGUUUCAUAUUUGGUUACAGUGUUUCAUUUUAUUUAAUGUUUUCUCCUAUCACUCAUCGCUGUUCUUUUAUUUUGUUUCCACCCCCGCCCACUUCACUUGCUUCUGCUAAUCCCAGACCCCGCCUUGGUUAAUACUAUUAUCAGUGAUGCGGUGUACCCAGUCCACCCUAAGCAGUCGUCCAUCUAGUAUCGACCGGCUCACUGCCGCCUAAGGGAGGCCUCUCACCCAAUAAUCUCCAGCUACGCCAAAGUCUCUCGGACUCGCAUUAUAUGUAGUCGGCAGAAGUUUCCGUAACUGGUGGUUUCAGGCCAAGCACUGUCCGAUGCACUUACCAUCAGAGCACCGAAUAGACUAUCUCCUGAGGCUCCAAUGCCAAUAUGCUAAAGGCCGUUCGGUCACUCUUCUGAAGAAAAGGGCGACAACCUGAGACCUUGUAUCGAUUACCGGCCGCUGCAUAAGGUCACUGUAUUCAAAGAUUUCUUUAUUCCGCAUAUCAUUGACAUCAUCGAUGCCUUAGCCGGCUCUUCUCGGUUCGACAGCUUCGAAUUCUCUCUCGCUUACUGACGAGUAGAGAUCCUACCAGAUUAUAGCUGAAAGACAACAUUUAUCCUCCACACUGCUCUCUACUCGUUCAAUACUCCGUCCAGUGUCCUCGUGAAUGUCACUGCCAUUUGGCAAAGGUUGGUGGAGCUCGCCCCUAGACCGAUUAUCCCGGCCCAGUCCCGUGUGUCUGGAAGGAAUUGUUAUUCGCAGCAAGUUUGUCAAACGUAUGCUCGGCAAUUGGAGUCAACAGCUCCAGAAUUAACAGGCGGCAGGUUUACGAUCGGCCCGAAAAGAUGUCAUUUGCUCAAACAUUAGGUAAAAUAUCUCGAAGUCAGUACCCAGGACUGACAUCGUUCUUGACCCUGAAAAUAUUUGCCAGAUACUUAAACGGCGAACUUUACAAUCACAAACGGAUGUGCAGUCCUUCUUGGGGUUGGCUCCUAUCACCAUCGUUUUGUUUACGGUUUAUUUAAUAUCGUCCUUCCACUCCAUCGUUUAAAUAGAAGGGCAUUCGUUGCGCGGAUAAAAUAUAUCUCACACUCUUCUCAACCAUCAUAGAAAUCUUAACAUUGACGUCUAACUUCGUGUUCUCCAACAGCAGUGUUUAAAGUCCACGAUUCAUCUCGUAUACCGACGCUAGCGAAUUUAUUAUGGGAGUUGUUCUUAGCCGGAUCGAUACGGACGCAUAUAAAUGCAAAUAUAAUUGUACAGGCCUGAAGAACUACGUAAUUGUUUACACUAGCCGAUGCCUGGGCAAGGUGUAACGAAUUUACAGUGCCACGCGACGGGAGAUGAUCGUUGUUGUCGCGUUUGCAAGAAAUUUCGACACCUUCUACUUGCAAGACACUUCGCCGUCCUCACCGACCACCACACAACCAAGUGACUACGAAAUUUUAAGGACGCCGAGGGACAAACUGCCAGAUGGCGAAAAGCAUUUGAAGAAUUAGACUUAAAAAUGCGUCUCGGUCCCGAAAACAUAACCGCAGCACUGAAGCCUUUUCCCAUUCAUCACCUAUUCCGACAAGGAUACCACACACCACCCUUCCUUUUCCGACCAUCCACAUAUUACACGCCACCCAAGAAUAACGGGUACGAAUGCGGGCGUUUGGUCUAGUUGUCUCCCUCAUAUACGACUGACAGUCAAACGGUUUUCUAAACCCAAAAAGCAGAAACGCAGGAUUGUGGCCUGCUCAAAAGAGUGCAGAUACUAGCCAUAAAAUGUUUAAGAAGUCAGGGAGCAUUGUCGUACUAAAUGGCCUAAAUAACCUAAGUAUUGGUUCUUUGAGUCAAAGACAAUUGCACGGGAAUUUGAUAUAGACUUUCCUCAUUGUGCAUAGUUUGAUUUGUGCCGUCCAGUGCGGAGACAUCUCCAAACUCAUCACUAAAAUCAAACUCCAGAGGUAUCGCUUCAUGCUGCUUGCGCGUCAAGGAAGACUAGAAGUGAAAAAGUAUUUUUUCACAAACCGUGUAUAUGAACCAUGGAAUAACUUCCCGAUACGGUUGUUAUGUGUAAAUCUGUAGUGGUGUUCAAACAUCGUCUUGACAAACACAUGCUGCAGCUAUCAGCCACUACGUUACUAUGUCACCCUCAAACAAACGCCCUUAUGCGAAACUAAGUCAACUUCCACCUGACAUUGUAAGUUAUGUAUAGUAUUGUCCUUUCUUUCGAUAUUUAUGGGACAAGAAGGAGUUCAAAAGCUCAAAAAUCUUCCGCUCAAGUACACUGAACUGAACUGAAAUGACGCCUUCGUCCACGAACUGAAGAAUCCUAACUCGGAGGCCCAAUGCCUCAGGUUCAUGUGGCCAUAUCCUCCUCUAGUCGACGACAUCCUCUUUUUCCAACACUAAAUGCCCUGGUGUUCCCCAAGUUCUUAGAUCUCGAGUCAUACGCGACAUUCACUGAGGACUGGCACAUUGUGGACAGGUCCGACUUCUAGCCGCAGUCAGCCAGCGAUAUUUUGGGUGCCUGAUCAUGGGCACGACGUAUUCUUACUUUGUCAGGGGUGCCAAACAUGUGACCAAAUCAUAUAUUUUUUGUUCGUGUACAGUUAUUUCUAACAAGUUGACAUGUAAUCAAUAAGGUUUUCAAAGGCUUUGCCUAUUAUCCUUACCAAAAAACUGAAUAAACUGAAAUAUCCCGUAGUCCAGCCUACUGCGCCUCUAUAAUCGGAAUCGGUAGGAUUCCCCAACCACCGCAUUGACGUAGAUGUCACUGGGCGUUUGUUCUAGACAAAGCAUGACAACGAUUUCAUUUUGGCCAUCGUUUACCAUUACACAACGUGGUGCGAAGGCGUACCAUUCCAAAACCAAGGAAGUCUUAUAAUAACAGCGGCACUCGACGACCACUGGAUUGCUCGCCAUGGAAUCCCAACAUUAUCUACACAGAUCAGGGGAUUGCUCUCGAAAGUCAAUCAUUUCGGGGUCUCUGUAACCUUCCGGGGAUAGUUAAAACCUUUCCUACCAUUUUCCCUCUAGCAAGAAACGGAUAGGCGGAAAACACGAACAUUAUUCUGAUGUCAUUCUUCCGAAUCAUAGUCGAUAAGUCCCGUGUAAACUCGUAGGAUGACCUGCCUUCGCUCGAUAUCUCUUGGCCUACCGCGCCUCCAUUUACUCCAUCUCAUUCACUUCCCAUACGAUACUCUUUUGGCGCGACCUGCAUCUCACGUCUGGAUUAAUUAUGUGAACAUCCUCCACCCCCAACGGAACAACCACACUGAUGCCUCGGCCGCCUCAUAGGCUCCAUUCAAACCAUCUACGCCACGACCAGGAUGAAGUUUCAAGCUGCGCGGCAACAUUAGAGUAACUAUUACGUCCACCUGCCACAUGGAACGUAAUACGAAUAAGGUGAUCGUGUUCGUUUGCACAACGGUCAUUCCCCGUAGGCUCUGCGAUCAAGUUUCAUCGUCUGUGGUCUUUGCCACAUAGAAUCGUUCGACGAUCUCCUACUCCGUCUGCCACAUCCGCCUGGAAUACGGGCCUUUUGACUGAAUAUAUCAAGUCUACAUCGAUCGUCUCAAAUUAUGUGCGUGCUAAUCUCCGUUUGUCUAGCGUACCAUGUCUUCAUCUCCUCAUUCGGUCAAUUGCCUCUCCCCCCCGCCCCCCCCACCCAUCACACUCGCCCCCGCUCUGCAACUCCGCUCUCUGCUCAUCCCGCGCCGAGGAUGGCGUUUAACCUCUUGAUGGGGGCCGUGUAAUGACACCACUCCCCAUAUGUAGGCAAAAGUUUACAGUAGCUCUAUUUUAUCUUUCCGGAGUUCAUCUCUAGGCCUGCAAACUCUUAUGCAGGUCAGCAGAACCCUCUUAGCGAUUAUUUUAACUAGCCAUUCUUCCCUUUCGUAACCGACUGCCUUCCAUUUGUUGUCUUCAAUAAACUCUAGAUUAGUUGAGAUCGUGGUUCCUUUUCGAUUAUUCAUUUGUUGAACUGUCAGAUAGUAUUCCACCGCGUCAUUUUACUAUUGUUCCACUAGUUGGUGUGAAGCGUGUCCGUUGAACUUCGUGAUGCUUGUUUAUCCCAACCCUUGUAGGUCGUUACACGAGUUGUUGGUCAACUAGCUACCCUGGCCUUUCUAGGCCUAUGCCAAACCCUGGAUUGCCUAUAGUAGAUUUCUAAAAAACUAAAAUAUAUUUAGGGGCCACUGAUUUCGGGGUAAAACCAGCGCUUUUACCUGUAAUUGAAUAUCCUUAGUUGACUUGAGCAACAUUGUAGUUUUGUUGGGCUGAAAUUGAGACGGGCAAAGGGAACUAUUAGGGUGUCACGAACCUACCCAGUCAACGGUACCUUUUUGCUACUCAAUUCUUUUAUUUCCUUUUUCAGGGCCACGUUCAACGCCCACAAACAACCAGAACAACCACCAGGGUCCCGCUAAUGACCAAUUUGUCUAA